AUGAAAUCACAGCCGGAUCAUCCGACAAUGCAGCGGGAUGCGAAUCUCGCUGGAAGCCGGUGUGAACCCGAUUUCCAUCCCACCAAUGGGAUGCAAAGUAAGGCGCGCCUGGAAUCGUCCGCCCCACACCAGAUUUACCAGAUACAGGAGUUGCUCCCCAGCUAUCUGUCAACUCACAUCAUUAUUCUCAAGUCCAUGUACACAUUGGGGGCCUCCCAGUUGUGGACUGGAAACUUUGUUGAAAUAUCUGCAGAGACUCAGAGAUUUUGGCCUCUCCCUCCUCCUCCUCCUACAUGUCCUCCAGUCACUCCAUCUCCUCUCCCACUUCCUCCUCCUCCUCCUACUCCUCCUCCAGUCACUCCACCUCCUCUCCCUCCUCCUCCUCCUACACCUCCUCCAGUCUCUCCACCUCCUCUCCCUCCUCCUCCUACUCCUCCCCCAGUCACUCCACCUCCUCUCCCUCCUCCUCCUACUCCUCCUCCAGUCACUCCACCUCCUCCUCCAACUCCUCUCCCUCCUCCUCCUACCCCUCCUCAAGUCACUCCACCUCCUCGCCCUCCUCCUCCUCCUACUACACCUCCUCCAGUCACUCCACCUCCUCUCCCUCCUCCUCCUAGUCCUCCUCCAGUGACUCCACCUCCACCUCCUCCUCCUCCUCCUACUCCUCUUCCAGUAACACCACCUCCUCCUCCACCUGCACCUCCUACUCCUCCUCCAGUCACUCCACCUCCUUUCCCUCCUCCUCCUCCUCAUCCUACACCUCCUCCAGUAAGUAGACCUCCUCUCCCUCCUCCUCCUCCAGGCACUCCACCUCCUCUGCCUCCUCCUCCUACACCUCCUCCUCCAGUCACUACACCUCCUCUCCCUCCUCCUCCUCCUACAUCUCCUCCAGUCACUCCACCUCCUCUCCCUCCUCCUCCUACUCCUCCUCCAGUCACUCCACCUCCUCACCCUCCUCCUCCUACUCCUCCUCCAGUCACUCCACCUCCUCUCCCUCCUCCUCCUCCUACAUGUCCUCCAGUCACUCCAUCUCCUCUCCCACUUCCUCCUCCUCCUCCUACUCCUCCUCCAGUCACUCCACCUCCUCUCCCUCCUCCUCCUACUCCUCCACCAUCACUCAAACCUCCUCUCCCUCCGCCUCCUACACCUCCUUCAGUCUCUCCACCUCCUCUCCCUCCUCCUCCUACUCCUCCACCAGUCACUCCAACUCCUCACCCUCCUCCUCCUACAUCUCCUCCUGUCACUCCAACUCCUCUCCCUCCUCCUACUCCUCCUCCACUCACUCCACCUCCUCUCCCUCCUCCUCCUCCAGUCACUCCACCUACUCUCCCUCCUCCUCCUCCGCCUCCUACACCUCCUUCAGUCUCUCCACCUCCUCUCCCUCCUCCUCCUACACCUCCACCAUCACUCCCAUCCUCUCCGUCCUACUCCAUCACUCCAACUACUCUCCCUCCUCCUCCUCCUACAUUUCCUCCAGUCACUCCAACUCCUCUCCCUCCUCCUCCUCCUACUCCUCCUCAAGUCACUCCACCUCCUCUCCCUCCUCCUCCUCGUCCUCCUACACAUCCUCCAGUCUCUCCACCUCCCCUCCCUCCUCCUCCUACUCCUCGUCCAAUCACUCCACCUACUCUCCCUCCUCCUCCUCCUACUCCUCAUGCAGUAACACCACCUCCUCUCCCUCCUCCUCCUCCUCCUCCUACACCUCCUCCAGUCUCUCCUCCUCCUCUCCCUCAUCCUCCUACUCCUCCUCCAGUCACUCCACCUCCUCUCCCUCCUCCUCCGCCAACACCUCCUCCAGUCACACCACCUCCUCUCCCACUACCUCCUACACCUCCUCCAGUCACUCCACCUGCUCUCCCUCCUCCUCCUACUCCUCCUCCAGUCACUCCAACUCCUCUCCCUCCUCCUCCUCCUACAUCUCCUCCAGUCACUCCACAUCCUCUGCAUCCUCCUCCUCCUACAUCUCCUCCAGUCACUCCACCUCCUCUCCCUACUCCUCCUACACCACCUACAGUCACUCAACCUCCUCUCCCUCCUCCUCCUACACUUCCUCCAGUCACUCCACCUCCUCUCCCUCCUCCUCUCCAUCCUCCUCCUCCGACACCUCCUCCAGUCUCUCCACCUCCUCUCUGUCCUCCUCCUACUCCUCCUCCAGUCACUCCACCUCCUCUCCCUCCUCCUCCUCCUACUCCUCCUCCAGUCACUCCACCUCCUCUCCCUCCUCCUCCUACUCCUCCUUCAGUCUCUCCACUUCCUCUCCCUCCUCCUACUCCUCCACCAGUCACUCCAACUACUCUACCUCCUCCACCUCCUACAUUUCCUCCAGUCACUCCAACUCCUCUCCCUCCUCCUCCUCCUACUCCUCCUCAAGUCACUCCACCUCCUCUCCCUCCUCCUCCUCCUCCUACACCUCCUCCAGUCUCUCCACCUCCUCUCCCUCCUCAUCCUACUCCUCCUCCAGUCAAUCCACCUCCUCUCCCUCCUCCUCCUCCAACACCUCCUCCAGUCACACCACCUCCUCUCCCUCCUUCUCCUACACCUCCUUCAGUCACUCCACCUGCUCUCCCUCCUCCUCCUCCUCCUACACCACCUCCAGUAUCUCCACCUCCUCUCCCUCCUCCUCCUCCUACACCUCCUCCAGUCACUCCACCUCCUCUCCUCUGGAAGGAAGUAGACUUUCAACUGGGGCUGAUGUAUGGGAACCAACUGACAUUCACUCUGGGAAGGUACCAGCUCUUAAGCAGUGUGAUCCUCAAUGGACUCUAA